AUGUUUUCAACCCCUCAACCUUACAAUAAAAAGUGCUAUUGCGCUGGAUGUAGUCAGAACGAACUAGUCUAUAGUUUUGUAGCCGGAAGAACUGCUCAGCGCCAUAACAAAAGAGCAAGAUUAGAUGCUAUAAGAUGUGAAAGUGAAUCUUCUGCCCAUAGAAAUUCGAUGGAGGUUGAUGUUGAACGAACCCCAGUGUCUGACGAUGAGAAUGUUCCAGUUACGAAUGAGGAGAUUCACAACAGCAAAGACAAUGGCGAUGAAAACAAAGAAAACAAUAAUGAAGAUGUUGUUAAGGUGGAGGUCGAGGAAUUUGUUAAUGAAGGUUGGUGUUGUGCUAUGGAAGAAAGAAAAAUUUGA